UCACUCUCUCUCUAUAACACUCGCACAACACGCUGGGGUCAUUUUCUUUUUCGUCUCUCUCCCAUCUCCAUCGCUUGAAUCUUUUUCGCUUUUGUCUUUCCUUGUCCUGUAAUUAGGAGUAUUAAUUAUUUUUUAUUAACACCCUUUUUUCUUUUUCUUUUUCUUUUUAUUACUGGUACUAACAUUUAAUCUAUAUAAAUAUAUAUUUUGAUCCGUCUUUCUCUCCCUCUUUUCUUUCUCUUUCUCUUUCUUGAGAGCAAAAUCUAAAUGGUGUCAGCUUCUGGUUAAGGAAAGGAAUGUGAGAAUGGUUUUUGGGUGUUGGUUACUGGACCCUAACUAACAACGGAACCACAUCAGACCACUAUCUAUAACUAUUAAGAAGAGAAGCAGAAGAAGUAGUAGAAGAAGAAGAUUACUCCCUCACUCACUGCUGUAUGGGUUCCGAGCAGAACAGAUUCCCUCAGCAGGAACGGCGAAAGAGAUGGGGAGGAUGUUUGGGUGCAUUGUCUUGUUUUGGCACACAGAAAGGUGGAAAGCGAAUUGUUCCUGCAUCUAGGAUUCCUGAGGGAAAUGUAGCAGCUGCCCAGAUAAACGGUCCUCAAGCAGUUGGGUUGACUAAUCAAGCUACCGGACUAGCUCCAUCUCUUCUUGCUCCACCUUCAUCACCAGCAUCCUUUACGAAUUCUGCACUCCCUUCAACAGCUCAGUCACCUAGCUGUUUCUUGUCAUUAUCUGCAAACUCACCUGGAGGUCCUUCAUCCACUAUGUUUGCCACCGGGCCAUAUGCCAAUGAAUUACAACGAUUCGUUUCUCCUCCUGUUUUUUCAACCUUUACAACUGAGCCAUCAACUGCUCCCCUCACUCCCCCACCAGAGUUGGCUCACCUUACUACUCCCUCGUCCCCAGAUGUGCCUUUUGCUCAGUUCCUCUCAUCUUCGGUGGAUCUCAAAAGUACUGACAAGACCAAUUAUAUUGCUGCAAAUGAUCUUCAAGCUACAUAUUCACUUUAUCCUGGAAGUCCAGCUAGUAGUCUCAGAUCACCAAUUUCAAGGACCUCAGCUGACUGUUUAUCAUCAUCUUUUCCCGAGCGCGAAUUUACCUCACAAUGGGAUCCUUCAAUAUCUCACCAAAAUGGCAAGUAUCCAAGGAGUGGUUCUGGCAGGCUAUUUGGGCUUGAUGCAACCGGUGCCUCCAUGGCAUCUCAAGAUUCUAAUUUCUUCUGCCCUGCUACAUUUGCUCAAUUCUAUCUGGAUCAUAAUCCACCAUUUCCUCAUACUGGCGGGAGGUUAAGUGUGUCCAAGGAUUCGGAUGUUUACUCUUCUGGUGGAAAUGGACAUCAGAACAGGCAGAAUAAGAGUCCCAAGCAAGAUGUGGAAGAAAUAGAAGCUUACAGAGCAUCCUUUGGUUUCAGUGCAGAUGAAAUUAUCAGUACCACUCAAUAUGUAGAGAUUUCUGAUGUAAUGGAGGACUCAUUUACCAUGACUCCUUUUACCUCUAAUAAACCGCCCAUGGAAGAAAAUAUAGAACCUGCAUCACUGAUUGAGGGACUUAAAACUCACAGAACGCAGACAAACACGCCGAGUCAAAAAAGCCUUAAAUCAGGGUCAGAUAUUAUUGAUGAGGGUGUAUGCUGUGGUGUGCCGACAUUAUGCAAUGGUCACGAAGAUAAUAAAUCGCGGAGACAACCUGGCAAUGUCUCUGGAUCCAGUACGCCUGUUAGUGACAUUCUGACUGAUGAAGAGGACAUAUUUUCGAAGAUGGAGUUAUCCAAAAGCAGCAGGAAAUACCAGCUAGGUUUGUCAACCUCUGAUGCAGAAAUUGACUAUAGGAGAGGAAGAAGCUUAAGAGAAGGCAGAGGAGGGUUUGCAUGGCAUCACUAAGAGUCAGUGCAAAAAUAGAUGGUCAGUUGUUUCCCAUGUGAAUUAGUUUGGAGGCUUCUUUUGUCAUACACUUUUGUUUGGAGUUCUCUGUGAUAGAUGGAAUGAUCUAACCUAUGAUCUAACCUGCUCUCUCUCUCUCUCUCUCUCUCUCUGUGAGGUGUGUGACGUGAUUGAUCUUUCUGAUUGAUGAAUGUAUACCUACGUUCCUAUUUCCCUUGUACGUUAUAUAGGUGGUGCAUCUAAUUAUGUGUAUUUGGCUAAUGCUACUCCUUUAUACUAUGGAACAACUGUUGCAACAUCAGUUUAGCUGU